AGAGCCGAAGCCGACACGAACUUGACUCGGCCAUGGCAUGAAGGACUUUGCGCUGGAUGCUGCGGUCUGUUGCUGCCGCUGCUCCUGGCUGCGUGCUCAGUUUAGUUUUGUGCGCUGCUCCUGGCGCUUCGAUUGGCAACGGGCGCGCAUUUUUCAAAUUCUCAUCAAUUCAAAUUUCAGUUUUUGUGCACAGUUUUAAACAACAUUAUUGUUCUUGAGCAAUCGUGCUUAAAAUUGAAUCACGCCAAUCAACUCAGCAGAUUCUCGCAGUGAACAAUUGAGGUUUUCGAGAUGCGACGACAGCAAACACGUUAUCGCAGCGAUUCCAUAGCUGGGCCCAGCACUGGGGCAACUAGGAAAGCAUCGCUGAUCACAGCCGUGAGCAGCGCCUCGCCGACGCGUCGCGAGUCGUUGGUGAAGCCCACCUGGCAGCACAUAACGCCCGGCCAGCUGCCGCCCAAGACGCUGGACAAGAUCAAUGGCAUCGCCUCGGAUGACUCGGACGACGAUGGCUAUCCCAAGCGGCGGCCCAGCGUCAUUGUGCAUCAGCGCCAACAGUCGCUAUCCCAGCAGCCGCUGCUCCCAGAAUACAUGAGCACAUCGCAGCUCUAUCGCGAUCAUCUCCAGCAGCAGCAGCAGCAACAAUCAAAACAGACACAGGCACAGGCUCAGGCUCAGGCUCAGCAGCAGUCGAGUGGAAAUGGUUUCGGCAGCAGGUUUCUAAGCAGCGUGCGAAUUUCAGCAGCUGUCGAGCAGCAGCCGCUCCUGGAUACAGGCGGAGUAGGAGCUGGCGGAGGCGGAGGCGUUGCAGAGGGUGCUGCUUCUGCUGCUGCCACAACUGCGGCACCUGGUCAAGAUGGCGCUGGGGCCACGCUGUGCAAAUCCGCUGGACGCGCACUAAUACGCAUGAUCUCCUCCACGCCCGGGCAGGAUGAAGAUGAGGACUUUGAUAUCAUGGGCAAGGUCAUAAUGCUGGGCGAUUCGGGAGUGGGCAAAACGUCGCUUUUGAUUCGAUUUCGCGAUGGUCGCUAUGUGCCCAGCUAUUUUCUGAGCACAGUUGGCAUUGAUUUUAGGAACAAGGUGGUCGUUGUCGACGGCACGCGCGUCAAGCUGCAGAUCUGGGACACCGCUGGCCAGGAGCGUUUCCGCAGCGUAACGCACGCCUAUUACCGCGACGCCCAUGCGCUGCUGCUGCUGUACGAUGUGACCAAUAAGACCACGUUCGACAACAUACGCGCCUGGCUGGGCGAAAUACGUGAGUACGCGCAGGAGGAUGUGGUCAUCGUUUUAAUAGGUAACAAGGCCGACUGCAGCAGCAGCGAGCGGCAGGUGAAGCGCGAGGAUGGCGAGCGACUCGGACGUGAGCACAAUGUGCCAUUCAUGGAGACAUCGGCCAAGACGGGACUCAACGUGGAGCUGGCAUUCACAGCGGUGGCCAGACAGCUGAAGUGCCGCGGCUACGACCAUGGCGAUGAUGGAAAAUUCAAUGUGCAUGAUUUUGUGCGUGACAAUACAAAGGCCCGGUCCGUUUGUGCUCAAUGUCGGAACAUGUAAUUUGUUCAUGCCUCCGCACAAUGAAAACGCGCACAAAACCAACACGAGUAGCUCACAAAACAAAGCGCAAAUUUGUACAACAGAAAAAAAACAAAAAACAAAAAAAAAAUAAUAAUAAUAGAAGAAAUGCAAAACUGACAAAAAAUAUUGGUUAUUGAGAGAAUGUAUUUGUAGGCCCUGGCGGGAUAGUGUUAGAGCUAUGUUUAGCACUUUGUAUGUAAAUUGAAAUUCGGAGGGUACGAGUAUGGAGAACGGCCCGAUUGGCCAUUUGAUAGCAUUAAUAAUGAAUAAUAUAUACAUGAAUAUAUAUGCAUAUAUCUAUAUACAAGCGCAUACUUUAUUUUUUGGUAAGGACAACGGUAAGGUCCUUGGCCCGAAGAAUCGGCACAAUGUGCAGCAAAAUCAUGCUACAUUGAGAUUUGUCCAGCACGUCGUUGACGAACCCGGCAUGUUAAUUUGUACUUAUUAUAAUAGGCCUAUUAGUGGCCAUACAAUAUGUGAACCGAAAAUAUAUACUACAAAAUUGAAUGUAAAAUUGUACGCAUGAGCGUUAGCUUCUAUAUAAAGGCAUUGCUCAGGAGCAACCAAAUUAGAUUGAACCAAAUCCAAUUAAUGAAAAACAAUCACUCAAUUUACCUAAACCAAAACUAUUAAUUAUAUUUACUGAGACUUAUGUUUUAUUAAGUAUCGUUAAGUGUUAUGUCUACCGUUAAGUUUUAUCCUCAAACCAAAAAAAAAAAAACUAUUACCAAAAACUGAAAUGUUAAACAACUACAACUAUUUUAAAUUAUUUACACCAAUGAAGGAAAAUUAAAUUUAAUCUAUUAAAUACUCUAUCUAAUUAAGUUAGCUAAAAUUCUAUGUAAACUUGGGCAUGCUCUAUAUGCAAUACAUAUAUGCUGUUACUCGCUACAACUAUUCAACUACGGAUGCAUUCGGAAUACCAACGCAAACUUUAUAUCAUAUAAAAAGGUAAACUACGUAUAUAAAAUAAACAGCGUUAUAUUUAAGCAAGCAGCUUGCAUGCAUGCAUAUAUGUCAUGUACUACAAAUAUACCAUAACAACAAAUACAUAUUU